AUGCAGAAGGAUCAACUCAAGAAGGAUAUUAAAGAGGUAAAGUUUUUCACCGAGUACGGAGACGCCAACCGAUACAAAAUUCUCGAAGUUAUUGGUAAGGGUAGCUAUGGAGUUGUUUGUGCAGCAAUUGACACACACACUGGUGGAAAAGUAGCAAUCAAGAAGAUUCAUGAUGUUUUUGAACAUAACUGCGAUGCCAUUAGAAUCCUCAGGGAAGUCAAGUUGCUAAGACUUUUAAGACACCCUGAUAUUGUUGAGAUUAAGCGGAUUAUGUUGCCGCCUUCAAAGAGGGAGUUUAAAGAUAUUUAUGUUGUCUUUGAACUCAUGGAGUCUGAUCUCCAUCAAGUCAUCAAAGCUAACAAUGACUUGACUCGUGAACACCAACAGUUUUUUCUUUAUCAGAUGCUUCGAGCAUUGAAGUUUAUGCAUACAGCUAAUGUAUAUCACAGAGACCUCAAGCCGAAGAAUAUACUGGCAAAUGCAAACUGCAAACUCAAAGUCUGUGAUUUUGGACUUGCAAGAGUUGCAUUCAAUGAUACGCCAACAACAACUUUUUGGACGGAUUAUGUUGCUACAAGAUGGUAUAGAGCCCCUGAAUUAUGCGGAUCUUUCUUUGCUAAGUACACGCCCGCAAUUGAUAUAUGGAGCAUUGGAUGCAUUUUUGCAGAAGUGCUGACAGGAAAGCCAUUGUUUCCUGGUAAAAGUAUCGUGCAUCAAUUAGACUUGAUCACUGACCUUCUUGGAACACCACCAACCGAAAUUAUUGCAGGAGUUCGAAAUGAGAAGGCAAGGAAGUACUUGAUGGACAUGCGGAAGAAACUUCCUGUGCCAUUUGAACUAAAAUUUCCAGAUGCUGAUCCAUUGUCUCUUCGCCUAUUGCAAAGGCUUUUGGCAUUCGACCCAAAGGAUCGGCCCACAGCUCAAGAGGCGCUAGCUGAUCCUUUCUUCAAGGGUUUGGCCAGAAUUGAGAGAGAACUUUCUUCUCAGCCAAUUUCAAAAAUGGAGUUUGAGUUUGAGAGAAGGCGGGUGUCAAAAGACGAUAUUAAGGAACUAAUAUAUCGGGAAAUACUGGAAUAUCAUCCGCAGCUGCUUAAAGAUUACAAAAAUGGAACUGAAGGCACAAGCUUCAUGUACCCUAGUGCAAUAGACCAGUUCAGAAAGCAAUUUGCUUAUCUUGAAGAGAAUAAUGGUAAAUGUGGUCCGGUGAUUCCUCCAGCAAGGAAGCAUGUCUCCCUUCCAAGGUCCACUGUUCUCUCUAGUACAAUUCCUCCCAGUAUGCAACCAUUCAAAAUUUCUAGAGCAGCAGAAUCAAAUACUUUAAGCCAAUCAAAGGGUUUACGACCUCCUCCAAGAGCGCCAGCAGCCAAACCAGGUAGAAGUAUAGGGCCUGUUCACUGUGACAAUGGCAGAAGCACAAAAGAUAAUUAUGAUGCAAGAAUCUUCUACCAGAAUACUAUUCCUCAAUCAAUCUCUCCACAUCCUUUCCAAAGGGUUGCACACGCACAACGAAUUUACAAGGAUAAUUCACAAGGCAAACAUCAACUCUCACCACAGAAGCGUAGCGUGCCACCCAGACCAGCCAUCGAUCUUAAUACCAAUCCAUACCACCAGCAGGCCAAGAAUGAUCUGUUAAACGAUCCUGUCACUGUUAUUGACACAAAAUUGUUAAAAGCACAAUCUCAAUUUGGCGCAGCUGGUGCUGCUCACAGGCAUUCUGCAGGCGUUCAGUAUGGAGUGUCAUAG